AUGAAAGAUACAGGAUCAGAUAUAACAAAAAGUAAAGAGAAGAAACCAGCAGAUAAUCCACUCAAGAAUGCUGUCAACUACAGGGACAGAAAACAGAUGGAGAAAAGAAGAAAGAGUAUGGAAGAGAAUAAGAAAGAAGAAAAUGCCAAAGAGCAACAGAGGAGAAAACAAGUGGCUAAAAUCGAGGGAAAACAGAAAAAGAAAUUAGAGAAAGAAGGAUCAGAAAUAACAAAAAUAAACCAGAUGAAACCAGAAAAAAAUCCACUGAAAGAAUCUGUCGACUAUGUGGACAAGAAUAUGAUGGCAAAAAGAGGGGGAAAGAAGGAAGUGAAAAAGAUGAAAAGAGAUGAGAAGAGAAUAAUUAAAAGACAUUUUCAAAAAGUAGACAAAGUGUUGAAAAAACACGCCAUAGAUGUAAGGAAACGAUGUGAAAUAGAACUGAAGAGGGAAAAACAAGUCGAUAAGAUCGAGAGAAAACAGAAAAAGAAAUUAGAGAAAGAAUCAAAGAAAUCCGAGGAGAAGAAAAAAACAAAGAUAGAAUCAAAGAAAUCCGAGGAGAAGAAAAAAGCAAAGAUAGAAUCAAAGAAAACCGAGGAGAAUAAAAAAACAAAGAUAGAAUCAAAGAAAUCCGAGGAGAAGAAAUUAACUAAGAUAGAAUCAAAGAAAUCCGAGGAGAAGAAAUUAACAAAGAUAGAAUCAAAGAAAUCCGAGGAGAAGAAAGAACACAAGGAUACAGAAAAAAAUACUAUACAAGAUGAUUUAGAAGAUGUAAACACCGCAGAUAAGAAGAAAAUAUUUGGAUCAAACAUUCGAGCAUUCUUAAGAUCCCUAUUUCGUGUAAAACAGGAGAAAAACAAAGAUGUUAAAUGUUAG